AUGCCAACGCAACCACCCCUCCCACCCAUUCUAAUCCCCUACGUAUCUCCCCCUCCUCGCUCCUCUCUGACACUAGUCACCUCUGUUAUCGGGGCGACCAGCAAUUGGCUGGUAUUGAGAUUUCUGCUUGCAACUUUAAGUUCAGGUUCGAGUCGCGCUGAAACAGCCCCUCUUGACGGCAAUGGCGAUGAUGGAGUCAAAGGCGGGAGAAGAAAAGUCGUCCUGUUGAGCUUCCUGCGCAAUUGGGAGUUCUGGAAGAGUGAGGCGAAGAGGUUGGUAAGACAUCCAUCCAUCGAUGCAUACCAUCAUCAUUCAUUCAUUCAAGAAAUUUUUGGAGUGCUUGUGGCUGCAACCGUUGCAUGGGCUUUUCUAGCUAACGAAGUUUGCGACGCAACCCAGGGCCUUGAUCUAGCCCGUCUGUCAGAACAGGGCCGGUUUGCUUUCAUCGACGGGUUGUCGGAACUAUUCUAUUCCUCAUCCUCCUCCACGUCGCCAUCGCCAUCUCUGUCGCAGUCGGGUUCUUCUGUGCCUCCUCCUUCUCUCGGCAGAACUACGACACUUCCGGUCCGAUCACCUCCAGGCACGGUGCCGGCACGAGUGCCUGGGACAACAACACCUGCCACAGCUGGCAGCAGCAGCAGUCUCAACAGAGCUUCUACCGCGUCGGAGUCCACGAUAAAGCGGUUGCGUUUUACAGGUCGGGGGACCGCGGCGCUUGAUGCAUUGGAGAAGGAUGUCUUGGCCGUAGUCGAAGAACUUCAGACGAAGGGACGAACGGCUGCGAGCCCUGACGGCGGCAGCGGCGGCGACGAUGACGAGAAUGGCGUCGUGCUGGUAAUUGACCAGCCGGAUUUGCUACUUGCUGCGACGGGGCCGAGUCAAGGAAUCGGGGCGACGGAGAUGGGAGAAUGGAUCAUGGGACUGGAACAGCGCGUCCACUCCACGAUCCUGACAUUAUCCGCCGAUUCCCCACUGAUACACAACGCCGCUGUAUCUACUACUUCAGUAGAAGGUACUGUGACGCCUCUGGAGACGGAGCACGCCGCGUUCGUCAUCGGACUCGCCCACAGAGCGUGGAUGGUCAUGCAGCUGCGAAACUUGGAUACAGGCGCAGCGAAGGAUGUCAGCGGAGUCCUGAGAGUCAGUAAAGGCGGAGGCGCGUCGGAUGACGAAGGGCUCGACUGGGAAGAGAAAGAGGUCUUGUAUUUUGUCCAGAGGGAUGCUGGAGUUAGGGUCUUUGGGCGGGGUGAAUAG